AUGGAGAAAAGGCUUCUUAAUGCCUCCAGUGGCAGAUCUUUACCCGACAAGACUCCAACCGAAAUCCACAAUCUAAUCAAGAACAUGGUUGAAGAUUCUAAGCAUUCAAGCCAUGAUGAAGAAUGGUACACAGAUGCACCUCGAGCUACAGAUAAAGGUGUGCAACCCACACCCCGCCCUUGUGGUAUUUUCACUCAAGUGGGACACCCAACUGAUAUGUGCCCACAACUUCAAGAAGAAGAUUAUGAAGAAGAAAAAGCCACGGGAGGCCAUUCCGGAUCAAAUCAAAGAGGAUACGAUCAGCCACGAGGUGACCAAACAUGGAACAACAAUCAAGGUUGGGGAGGAAAUCACCAGGGAAGCUAUCAACCAAAUCAACCACAUCAAUACCAACAAAGACCACCUUUUCCACCACAGAACUUUCAGCCAAGAAAACUAGAAUCUCAAGGAAAGUUACCCGCCCAAACUGAAACGAACCCAAGGCACAACGUGUGUGCCAUUACAUUGAGAGGCGGAAAGAGCUACAAUGAUCCAAAAGUGUCGGUUGAUCAACAGGAAGAAGAAAUAGCGAUCGAAGAGGAAACCAAAGAAGAGAAGAAGGAGGAUAAAACAAUCCAAAAGAAGUCCUUCGUGACUGAAUCUAAAGCCACACCUACUCCAUUUCCCGAAAGAUUAAAGAGCACGAAGAAAGAAAGGGAGGAGAGUGAUAUUAUGCAAAUGUUCCAGAAAGUUCACAUUAACAUCCCGCUCCUCGAGGCCAUCAAGCAUGUACCUAGAUAUGCAAGGUUCCUUAAGGAUCUUUUUGUAUCUAAUAAGAAAUCAAAAGGAAACCAAAUCGUAACAGUUGGAGAGAAUGUAUCCACGGUUUUGCAAAAGAGGAUGCCCCUGAAGUGCAAGGAUCCCGGUGUCUUUACCGUGCCUUGCAAAUUGGGGAAUCUUGAUGUACCUCGAGACAUGCUCGAUCUAGAUAUGGGAUAUGAUGAAUCUCCAAGUUCAAGUUCCAUACUUUUGGGUAGAUCUUUUCUUAAAACUUCUAAAACAAAAAUUGAUGUCUACAACGGAUCUUUAAUUAUGGAAUUUGAUGGUGAAGUUAUCAACUUCAAUGUCUAUGAAGCAAAAAAGGUUCCUUCCGAUGUUUAA